AUGGCAAGUGUUGAUGCAGAUCUCGAGGAGUUAAUGUCCCAUAUUGGUGAAUUUGGAAAAUAUCAAACAUUUCAAUUUUGUCUACACGUGGUAUCAGGAUUAUUAGCUGGCCUUCAUAUGUUAACACUAAUUACUGUCGCGGCGGUACCUGAUCACAAAUGUAUUGUACCUGGUCUUAUAGAUAAACUCGGUUUAUCCGAUAAAUCAGAACUAAAUUGGGACAUUGUACCAGGUAUAAAUGCAACUUAUCCAAACGGAACAGAACUAACCGACGUUCCGUUAAAUUUAGAUUCCUGUCAUUACUUAACAAAUGAUUCAAUAGUAAAACAAUGUGACGAUUGGAUCUAUGAUGACACAUAUUACAAAUCCUCCCGAGGAAUAGAGUGGAAUUUUGUUUGCUCAAAUAAAUGGAAAGGCGCAGUAGCGCAGUCGACUUACAUGUUAGGUGUAUUUACCGGAGCUGUUACUUUAGGGAGUUUAGCUGAUAAAUACGGCCGUAAAAUAAUAUUUUGCAUCUCAGCAACCGGGCAACUUAUACUAGGUGUAAUAGUUGCAUUUAUUCCGGAAUAUUAUACAUUUUUGUGUCUAAGAUUUCUAUACGGUAUAUUCGGUUCUUCUGGAGCUUAUAUUACCGGAUUUGUACUUACUAUGGAAAUGGUUGGAUCAUCAAAGCGCACUUUUUGCGGUAUUAUGUUCCAAGUGUGUUUUUCAUUCGGAUUUGUCCUUGUUGCACUCUGGGGAUUCAUUAUUAAAGACAGAAUGUGGCUGCAAAUUGUCUACGGUCUUCAUAGUUUUAUUUUAAUUGGCCAUUGGUGGCUGAUGGACGAAUCUCCGAGAUGGCUGUGGGUUCAGGGAAAUCCUAAAGAAGCUAUAAAAAUAGUCCAAAAAGCGCUUAAAUUUAACGGUGAUAAUUCUAUAAUAGAUGAAGAUAAAUUUAUCGCUAAAAAUUUAGCUAAAUAUAGCAAUAGCAAUAAUAAUAAAAAUGUAAAAAGUAGCAAUGGUGUUAUUGACUUACUUAAAACUCCAAAUUUGAGAAAAAAUUUUCUUAAUGUUUGUCUUAACUGGUUCGCAAAUGCAAUUGUCUAUUACGGUCUUUCAUUGAGCAGCGGCAAUCUUGAAGGCAAUCCGUAUUUAAUGCUAGCUUUAAGCGGUAUUGUUGAAUUACCGAGUUAUGUAUUUACAGUAUUAGUUAUGGACAGAGUAGGAAGAAGAUUUUUAGUAAGUGUUUUUAUGAUUAUCGGCGGGGUUUGCUGUGUAGUAGCUGCUUCAAUUCCCAAAGAAUUAUUUGGCGGUAGCAACGCUGUUAUUGGAAUUGUUUUAUUUGGUAAAUCCUGCAUUGCAAUAUCAUUUGCGGUGAUUUAUAAUUACACUGCCGAAUUAUUCCCAACUGUUUUGAGAAACACCGCGCUUGGAGUCGGCUCUAUGUGCUGUCGUCUUAGCGGAGCUUUAACUCCGAUGCUUUUAUUGUUAGACACGCUUGAUCCAAGAGUACCAGCCACUACUUUUGGCGGUGUUGCUUUGAUUUCUGGGUUCUUAGCUUUGUAUCUUCCUGAAACGGCUGGACAUCCCAUGCCGGAAACUCUUGAGGAUGGCGAGAAAUUCGGGGUAGGGGAUACUUGCUUUACUACGUGCCUUGGGAAGAGAUUUAAUGAUAAAGAUAUUCAACUUAAUUCUAUUAAUUCUAUUGGUGAUGAUGAUUGUGAUAGACAAGAGAGUAAUCAAAAAAUUAAUAAUUCUAAAUAA